AUGGGUGCGACCCGGGAUGAAGAGUGUAGGACCGGGGUUUCCGACCCGGUUUUAACCAUGACAGGACACAUUCUUCUUGGAGCCCUGAAUGAACUGAAUCGUGAGGAUCUAGAGACAUUCAAGUUUUACCUCACUUUUUCCCCACCAGAGGGCUUCUCACAUAUUCCAAAGGCGCAACUGAACCGACAAACAACAAGAACAGAAACUGCAGAGAAAAUGAUGAAUGCUUAUGAAGAUGCUCUUAUAGUUGCUAUAAAGAUUUUGGAACAAAUUAAUCAAAAUGAGCUUGCAAGGAAAAUAAAGCAGCAGAUUCAGGAACAGCUGAAGACUGAUCCCACUAAGCAACCUUUGAAGAAACAGAGACUGUCCAUGUCACAGGGCUACUAUUCCAGUUAUGAAGAAACAUCAACACAGAUGGACUCCAGCCAUGAAGAUAAUGUGCAAGAUCUUCAGACUAUCGUGAGAAAUCAUAAAUCCUGUCUACAGAAGGAAAAUGCAUAUAUAAUUGAAGGGACUUACAAAAAGGAAAAGUUUCCACUGAAUGCCAUAUUUACAAAUCUUAUAAUCACAGGAGAAAGUAAUAAAAAAUUGAGUAGUGUACAUGAGGUUUUAGCAACUGAAAAGUCACAAUCCUCUGAUGAGACCGGAAUCAAAUUCAGUGAGAUCUUUGGGGACAGUAAAGGAGAAAUCAGGACUGUCCUAACAAAGGGGGAAGCUGGCAUUGGAAAGACGGUCUUAGUGCAGAAAUUCAUCCUCGACUGGGCUGAAAGAAAUGCCCAUGAAGAUGUAAUGUUUUUGUUUGUACUUCCAUUCCGCAAGCUAAACCUGAUUGAAGAUCAACUCUGGAGUCUUCAUGAACUUUUGGUUCACCUGCAUCCUUCACUUAAAGGCUGCAGGUCAAGCGAUUAUUUUGACAAAACCAUUUUGUUCAUAUUUGAUGGCCUUGAGGAAUGUAAAAUUACAAUGGAUUUUAGACACGCUUCAGUUGUCAGUGAUGUUGACACAAAAUCCACAGUGGAUGCAUUGAUAAUAAACCUCAUCAGUGGAAUGCUGCUUCCUUCUGCUUUUGUUUGGAUAACUUCGCGUCCAGCAGCAGCCAACCUGAUCCCCUCCAAGUACAUUGAUCGCAUGGUGGAGAUUCAGGGAUUCGGUGACCAGCAAAAGGAGGAGUACUUCAGAAAAAGAGUGGGUCAAGAGGACCAAUUAGACAGAAUCAUCUCACACAUUAAGGCAGCCAGGAGCCUUCAGAUUAUGUGUCGCAUACCAGUCUUUUGUUGGAUAUCAGUUACUGUACUUCAACCUUGGUUGACCCAGGAGUCUGAAAAAGAAAUCCCCACAACUCUAACUGAAAUGUACUCGCACUUUCUGCUUGUUCAAACAAACACAAAAAAUGAAAAAUUUGAUGAUAGACAAGAAAAUGAUGGAAAGAAACUGCUAGAGUGUAAUAGAAAGAUGAUUCUGAAACUUGCUGAACUGGCUUUCAACCAACUUGUAAUGGGCAAUGUUACGUUCUGUGAAGAGGAUCUGGAAAAAUGCGGCAUUGAUGUCACCGAGGCCACAGUAAACUCUGGGCUUUGCACGGAAAUAUUGAAGAUGGAAUCUAAGUUUUAUCAAAGGAAGUUCUAUUGUUUUGUGCAUCUGAGCUUUCAAGAGUUUUUUGCUGCUCUCUAUGUGUUCUAUUGCUAUCUAUGCAAGAACAUGGACAGACUGAAGAUAUUGCUACCAAAGACCAGUGCUAAGGUGUCUGGAAAUAUUUCCCUGGAAGAAAUUAUGAAAUGUGUUGUAGAUCAGGCCUUGGAGAGUAAGAAUGGGCGCCUUGAUCUUUUCCUCUGUUUCCUUCAUGGCAUAUUGCUGGAGUCCAGUCAGAGACUGCUACAAGGUAUACUGCCACAUAUACAGAGCAACUCUGAAAGCAUUAAGAAAAUUAUACAGAACCUGAAACGGGGCCAAAAAAAACACAUCAACCCUGAGCGAUGGAUCAAUCUCUCACACUGCUUGAUUGAAAUGAAGGAUAAUAGUAUUCAGCAAGAAAUUCAGAGUUACCUCAAAUCCAAAACAAAAUCAAAAAGACUUUCCCUUGCACACUGCUCAGCAAUGGCCAAUAUGUUUCAAGCAUCAGAGAAAGUGAUGGAUGAGCUAGAUCUCAAGAAAUACAACACAUCAGAGGAGGGCCGCAGGAGACUAAUCCCAGCUGUGAGAAACUGCAGAAAGGCCAUUCUGGCAGACUGUAAUCUCACCAACCAGUCCUGUGAAAACAUCACCUCAGCUUUGCAAUCAAGAAACUCACCCCUGAGAGAGAUUGACCUGAGCAACAAUGACCUGCAGCAUUCAAUGAAUCUGCUGUGCCAUGGCCUCAGAAGUUCACACUGUGAACUGGAAAUUAUUAGUUUCUCUGGCUGCAAACUCACCAACUUGUCUUGUAAAGACAUUGCUUCAGCUCUUGAGUCUUCCCUGAGAAAUCUAGACCUGAGUUACAAUGGCCUGCAGGAUGAUGGAGUGAAACACCUCACUGUUGGGCUAAAAAGCAAGCGGUGUAAAUUGCAGGUCUUGAGGCUUACCAGUUGUAUGGUUACUGGUGAAUCCUGCAGAUAUCUUGCCAACGCCCUGAAAGAAAAUUCAACACUCAGAGAGCUGGACUUGAGUUGUAAUGACCUGCAAGAUAAAGGAAUGAAGAAGAUCUGUAGUGUACUAAAGAGUUCACAUAGUAAUCUUGAAGUUCUCAGACUUUCUGAUUGUAAACUCACAGAGCAGUCUUGUAAAGAUAUCGCUUCAGUUCUGCAAAAUGCUAAUUCAUACUUGAAAGACCUAGACCUGGGUGACAAUGAUCUGAAGGAUUUGGGAGUAGAACUGCUCUCUGUUGGACUGAAGAGUUCAAACUGCAGUCUGGAGAUACUGAGAUUGGCUGGCUGUUGCCUCACAAAGAAGGGCUGUUCCUUACUUGCUGAAGCUUUGCGUUCAAACACCACACACCUGGGAGAGCUGGAUUUGUGCUACAAUUACGCAUUUCAGGAAUUGAAACAACUUUUCUCUCAUCAGACCUGUAAAUUGAAAAUAUACCAUGGAAGGGAACUGAGAAUGAUGCCAGGACUCCAAAAAUAUGCCUGUAAGCUGACGCUGGACCUGAACACAGCAAAUUCGCAUCUCUGUUUGCUUAAUGAGGACAAGAAGGUAACACUUGUGGAAGAGGAUCAGCAAUACCAACACAAUAAACAAAGAUUCCUGCACAGGGCACAAGUGUUAUGCAAAGAGAAACUGUGUGGGCGAUGUUACUGGGAGGUCAUAGGGACUCCAGGGGCCAUUAUUGCAGUGUCAUAUGAAAGGAUCAGCAGGAAGGGACGCACAAAAGUCUGCUGGUUUGGACGGUCGAAAAAGUCCUGGAGCCUGGAGUUGUCUGAUGGCAAUUACUCACUGUGGCACAAUAAUAAGAGCGUGGGCAUUCCUGCUAAUACACCUUUUUCUGACAGAGUAGGAGUGUAUCUGGAUUUCCCUGCUGGCACGCUUUCCUUCUACAGUAUCUCGCAUGCGGGCAACAUGACAUGCAUCCACACGAUCCGCACCACAUUCAGUGAAUCCCUCCUUGCAGGUUUUGGAUUAAAGAAUCUCGGCUCCUAUGUCUCUCUUUGUAACUGAAUAGAUUUUGAAGAACCAUCAAGAGCCAGUGACUAAUUAUCACUUUCAAAUCGCACUUCCAAUGAAGCCUGGAGAUCCUCGCUCUGGCUCACCUGGCAGCUCCAUUGAGUUUGGUUUCUUACCAGCAAUGUGCUUUCCUGCAUACAGUAGGAAACCACAAGAGACCCGCAUCACCUCAAUCCACCAACCACAACCCACUUCCAUUUGACAUCACUACUGUGCUAACCUGUCUCCACUUAGGCUUCUCUAUGUGCACCAUCCAGUUUAGUUAGUUGCCAAGUGUUGUCAUGGUUAUCCUGUGUGGACCAAGUGGUUUUCUCCUGACUGAACUUUUACUUUUACUGUCACUGACUUACCUUCUGUGCUUUGUUGCUUGUUUUGUUACAUGCUUUUGGUGUUUGUCUUAUCCCUUUUUGCAUUGCUCACUGUUUUGUAUUGUACUGGUUUCUUGACGUGGACUGAUUUUUUGGAAUAUGCCUUUGUUACUCCUGUAUAUAUUGGUUUCUUUUCUCCCUGUUGUUGACUUAUCUGUAUUCUGACUACAGUUUUGGAUUUCUUGUGUGAAUAAUAAAACAUCUUGUUCACUCUUA